AUGGAUAGCUGGAACUCCACCGAUGUGCCUGACUUCAUCCUCCUGGGGCUGGCAGAUUCUGCAGAGACUCAGCUGGGCCUCUUCCUGCUCUUCCUCCUCAUCUACCUGGUCACCGUGCUGGGGAACGCAGGGAUGAUCCUGCUCAUCCGCCUGGACCCCCGGCUGCACACCCCCAUGUACUUUUUCCUCACUCACCUGUCCUUCCUCGACCUCUGCUACUCCAGUGUCAUCACCCCUAGAACCUUACAGGACUUAGUGUCCUCCACCAAGAUCAUCUCAUUCCUGGGAUGCUUGACUCAGCUGUACUUUUUUAUAUUGUUUGUUGUUGCCGAAUGCUUUCUCCUUGCUUCCAUGGCCUAUGACCGCUAUGUGGCUAUUUGCAUCCCUUUACGCUAUCCAGUUGUUAUGUCCUCGAAACUGUGCUAUGUGCUGCUCGCUGGUUCUUACUUCCCUGGUCUGUUGGAAUCUACUGUGAUUGUAAUUUUCAUAAGCAAGCUUCAUUUCUGCAAAUCGAAUGUCAUCCGUCACUUUUUCUGUGAUGUCUCCCCAAUUUUAGCCUUGUCUUGCACUGAUACUUCUGAUAAUGAACUAAUUACAUUAUCGUGUGCUGCAUUCAACUCACUGUCUCUCGUCAUCAUAUGUGCAUCUUAUGUGUCCAUCUUCUCCACUAUCAUGAACAUUAACUCCACUGCAGGAAAGAAAAAAGCCUUCUCCACCUGUGCCUCCCACCUCCUGGGCGUCUCUGUCUUUUAUAGCACUAUACUCUUUAUUUACCUCAAGCCGAAGCAGUCCUACUCCCUGGGCAAGGACCAGGUGGCCUCUGUGUUUUACAGCAUUGCGAUCCCCAUGCUGAAUCCCCUCAUCUACAGCCUCAGGAACAGAGAGGUGAAGAGCACUGUCCUUAGAAUCUGCAGAAAAGAGCUGGUUCUGGGCAAUUAA